GUCGAAUAAUACCCCAACUCAUGUCUGAUAAGCUUUAUUAAAUGCAGAAUGCCUCGCGCUGGCGUUGCGCAUUAGCGUAAAAAGGUGAGCCUACAGGGGUAAAAUCGGUGUUCUUUUGGGUAGAAUCCUGCGGAAAAAACAGCACCGAAACUUAAGCCACCAUCCAACCCUCCGCCUAUUUAACUUCGCGUAAUGCCCCCCCUGAAACGCUUCGCAUCUUAUAAAUCUACUCUUGGCUUAGACCUAUGCGUAGAACUAUGAUAUUGGAACUACCAUAUUAAAACCAUAAUUCUAGUCUAAGCGGGAAUAAUCGAAUAGCACCUAUUUAAUAUGUAUUAGUUAUCGCCCGUGGAACACAACUUUCUACUCCCCCAUUUAAUCUCCAGAGACCCCCCUUUCACCACCCCACGCUUUUACUGUCAACCACUCAAGUCUCCCCUUUUCCCCGAUUUUAAUCUACCAUUUAAUAUCUUGAUAUUCUAUCAUGGCGAAGCUAAACAACCUCGAUGUAAUAUCUGGGCUGUCGGAUGGAGAAGCCAGUGAAGCACCUCCUAGCUAUUGUGAAGGAAAUGGUGGAAUAUCCCCUGGCCAGGCUCCAGCGUCACCAACUGAAGAGUUAAAUGCCACCUUCGAUCAUGUUAUGAAUUUUGCCCCUGAUCCCGUCGAAAUAUCUUCUUGGAAUUCAAAUAUAACACCCGAUACUUGUCUUGUACAUCUCAAGCUACUUGCUGCCUUCCAGAGUUUAAAGGAGGACGUUGGCUAUACGGAUGGCAUUUGGGGUCUUUUCGAUAGCCGUUUUCUCUUACAGCAGGAUAGGAAGUCCAAACAUGUCGAAAACGGGCAGAAGCUCGAAGAAGAGACCAUGAAACGUUUGGCUAGCCUUCGAGAGAAGCGAUGGGCGCUUUUCGUAGCAAGAGCUGUGGACCGAUAUGAGACUUGGUGGGCUACGCUUUCUAAGAAACACCUAACAGAGAGAAAUAUGCAAGGCCGCUAUGACGAAGAGUCAGCCUCUACGGUAUAUGGUACGUUUACGUCCAAAGGGAUACCCCUCCAAUGGGCCGAACAUAUACUUCCGCCUUUAGAUGUCUUAAUGGUCUGGCAUGCUCACAUGCUCAAUCCCAGAGCAUAUCUCGAGGAUGCUACACUAUACUGCCUGAAUGGUUUGUGGACGGCUGGCAUGCCAUGGCAGCUCGUUGACAAUGCAAUUGAUACCAACUUCAACUAUAAUGUCUCGCUCGAAUGCAAGGAAGCAUGGGAAAAUCUUAUAGGCCGGAAGUGGGAUAAUGUUGAUGACCCUAUGGUUAAAGUACUCAAAUGUCCUACUUGCGCCAAGACCCUUAACAUACCAUGGACAACAUGCGAACUAUCCGAAGGAUAUACUAGUAAAGACUCCUAUCUUCUCGGAGAGGGUUAUGGAGAUGGAAACUUUAAACACGUGUGUCCCAAAUGCGGAAGAACCAUCACGAGAGAGUUCCUCGAGGCAGCCAAAUUUGUUAAAGACUCACGGAGGCUCCUCUCCCAUGGUCGCCCAAUGCCCGGUACGAUAUUAGAAAACGACACGGGGCUACCACGAGAGGUUCCUGAUGCCCGCCAACAAGAGCGGACAUUCCCAAACCGAAUUAUCAAAUACCGCCUUCGCAGCCAGUUGCUGCUAUUAAUUAACCCUCAUAGAAACCCUGCACCUACUAUGAACGAUGUCCGCGUCCUCAUUGAGCGCACACUAAACAAUAACAGCGCUAUCAAGCAAAUAGAGGGUGUUACAGGACGUGACUUAGCCAAACGCUAUCGUCUCGGCAUAAAGGCCAAGGCACAUACUCGAAAGGUGAUGUCGCGGUACUGGGGGAACCCUUCCCCGUUCGCUCUUGAUCUUGUCGGCGCCGUUCUCCGCCAAGGCAUAUUUGUAGAAAAGAUGAACAAGAUUGACUGGCUCCACAGCCCAGCGGCUCGGGAUACAAUGUCACGACUACUCAAGAAAUAUAAACGCUUUGUAGACAUCAUGGCCCGAGAUCCUUCAAAAACUGCCGUCCCAACCCUCGACGUCGACUUGGCAUGGCACACGCAUCAGCUUAGCCCUUUUGCAUAUACCAGGUAUAUGUACACGAAAACCCGCCGUCUGAUUGAUCACGACGACAAGAUUGACGAAGAUAAGCUGUCUACGGCUUUCGAGUGGACGAGUAAGGUAUAUCAGGAAACCUACGGUGAGGUUUACUCGGAGUGUACGUGCUGGUACUGCGAGUCGAUUCGCGCUUCGCAUGUGUCCUCUCUCGGCAGCAAGCUCCGCAUAUCGAGGAACGAGAAGGUCUCUGAGACCUUCCAUAAAUCCGGCAAAGCUGCGCUCUGUCCCCCUGACAGCAGCGCACACAUCUCGGCACACAACUCUGUCAAAUUCACCGACGUAGACGCUAGUCGCGAAGUCGUGCACCGCCGCUUACACGAGACGCACCAACAACACCUCAACCGCAACUACGAGCGCGCGCAGAAGCGUGCCCAGAGAAGAGGUCGCGAGCUCCCGCCCCGAGAAGAGUAUUACCAUUCUUACUGGGGAUACCCCUACAUGAUGUACGGCCCGUACCUCUACCCCAUGUACUUCACCCCGGGAUGCUACCCUACUGGCGCCCCUGGCGAAGCAGUCGCCGGACAGGGCGCCCAAGGAGGGUGUGCGGCGGGGGCCUGUGGGCAAGGAGGUGGUGGGUGUGGUGGAAGUGGAGGGUGUGGAGGUGGCGGUGGUUGCGGCUCCUCGGGUGCGGCCUGCGGCGGUGGUGGAAUCGGAGGUGGCUGUGGCGGAGGCGGCGGCGGCGGCGGUUGUGGUGAAGGUGGAGGCGGAUGUUAAACAAGGUGCUGCUACGUCUACUUUGCCUGAUCUAUAUUCCUUUAUUCCAGAUUGUAAGAUGGUGUGUUGAGCGAUGAGUGUCUUGUGUGUUGGCUAUGAAGCAUGUUUGAGGUACCUAGGAUAUAUGGAUGGAUUAGUCGGUGUGUUAUGAACAGGCUGGUUGCAUGAAUUAUUAGGUUAGGAGAGGAGCGAUAGCGAUGUUUUUGUUUUGUUUGGCAAACUCACCUUAUGCUAUGUAUAAUGAGUUCAGAUAAAUAUAUGUUUUCUUUCUUGUAAA